AUUAGUGGUAAAAUACUGCUUUUAUAUGGAACGUUAUCUUAAAAAUGGUGGAGUAGUAACAGCCAUGCAGUUUAAAUAAAACUGUGUUUGAAAACAUUUGGAGUGCACUAAUAUCGAGCAUGAUGAGUGGAAGUGAGCCCACGCUGACGGAGCCGCCGGUACCGCUAGCGCUGGCUCGGCUGCAGGGCCGGCCGGGGCGCGCGCCGCGCGGGCUUCGCUCGCACCGCCCCAGCCUGCCGCUCGCCAGCCUUCAGGAGUCCAUCGACGAGACUCCGCGGCGCUUUAGCGACGAACCAUUCACGCCUGAUACAGAUGACGACGAAGCAUUUUCCGAUAUGAUACUCGUUGACGCGCCUAGAACAGCGGCUAACGGUCGGCGAGCUUCUGACGCAGCUUUCGCUGAACGAUAUAGACAGCUGAGCGAUUUCGACGGCCCUCCGCCUGAUCCCCCCCGCCGAGCUUCAUUGUCAGUGUCCGUGGGGGCAGAGGGGUUUACUGACAAAGGUCGCCGUCGAUCCUGGGCGGCACGCCUGCAACUGGAGCGUAAGAAGAGACGAAAAUCAGGAGGAGGGAACGAUACUGACGAGGAAAGUGACACACCUGUUUACAUAAGGCAAAAAAGGCCAUCUUGGUGGAACGUAUUCGUGCCUGAUAAUAUCAAAAACAGGUCUAGGCGGGCGUCGCAGCAGCUAUCGCGCAGCGCCGAGAGUAUCGACCACUCCUUCAAAAGGUCAAAAAGUCGGUCAGUGGAUCAUGGGUUCGCGGCCGCGUUCGAGCUGGACUCCCUGCGCUCCAAGGUGGAGGACAGGUUCAACGCUGUCCACAGAGAUGAGGAUGAACACGCCAAACGAUUACCACCUACACCGCCGAUUAAGACCAUCACUUACACGGUCCGGGACCGUGACACGUUGACGUCGCUGGCGGCCCGCUUCGACACCACGCCCUCUGAGCUGACCAAGCUGAACAGGCUCGCCACACAGUUCAUCUUCCCCGGACAGCGGCUGUUGGUACCGGACAAGAAGAAAGGUGGCGAGAAGGACUCCGAUGGUCCCUCAGAGAGCGGGGAUAACACGUCGGAGUCAACAGUGGGCCCGCCGAGCGAACCUGCACAAGAAAAAGAGAUCCUUGACAGCCUACGGCCCGUGUCGCCGGAGGCGCCGACCAGCAGCAACGCCCCGCAGCGCUUCCUCAAGAUCAACGUGCGCCACAUCACAGAUGGACAGGGCGUGGUGUCGGGCGUGCUCCUGGUGACGCCUAAUGCGGUGAUGUUCGACCCGAACGUGUCGGACACGCUGGUGAUGGAGCACGGGCCCGAGUCGUACGGCGUCAUCGCGCCCAUGGAGUACGUCGUCAACGCGGCCAUCUUCUAUGACAUCGCGCACAUGCGCACGCACGGACCUGACCAAAACACAAACAAGGCAGAGACAGCUGAAAUAUACUACAUGAAUAAAUCGGAACAUUCGCCAGGAAAGGAUUCCCUGCUAGUCAAGGACGAGACUUUUCCAGAGCUGCAGGCGGCCAACGGCGAGGGCGAGGGCGAGGGUGGCGCGGGCGACGAGCGGCCUAGUUCCGGCGACCCCGAGGACCGCGGCGGCGCCGCCUUCCCCAAGGCCUUCGAGCGCGAGCUCGUCACGCCCACCGCGCUCCAGCAACAAUCGACUGAAGAGAGGCGGAAGUCGCUUCUGGAUCAUCACUGGGCUAUCCCAAGCAAAGACAGGAUGUCUAUCGACCAAGGAAGCGAGAGCGACGACGUGUUUCAGGUGUCAUCAAGCACUGAGCAGAAGGAAGAAGGCGCCGAGGGUGCCGAAGGAGGCGCAAGCGUCGAGGGCGUCGAGGGCGCCGAGGCCGGGUCCGGCACCGAGCCCGACGAGGCGGGCGACGAGGCCGGCCCGCAGCCCGCCGACGCGCUGCACCUCGUCAAGCUGUCCUACCACGACUCGGGCAUCGACAUCCGUGACCCGCUGCUGCAUGUCACGCCCGCCAAGUCUAAGAAGGUGUACAGCGACGCCGACAUAGUGCUGUCGGCGGAGUGGGUCCCGCCGGUGUGCCUGCCGCGCGGCGACCCGCCGCUGUCGGCGCCGCCGCUCGGCGAGGCGGAACGCGCGCCGCGCAAGCCCGCCGCCGUCUCCUUUUCGCUCGACGGCAACAACCAGAAGGAGGACGCGAACAAGCCUGACAAGAAGAAUAAGAUGCUGAAGCGGCUCUCGUACCCGCUGUCGUGGGUGGAGGGGCUGACGGGCGAGGUCGGCGCGCCUGCCGCCGGCGCCGGCGAGGCCCUGCCGCCCUCCGACACACACAACACCAGCGUCUUCUCCAAAGUAUUCAACAGCUCGCCAAUGAACCUAGUGGAGUUCGGUACUGGUUUGUUCCUGAGUAAAACCCCCUCCGAAGAGGCACCGCACGACGCGCUCGCCGCCCCGGGGCGCAGCUCGCUGGGCGGGUUCGGGCGUGCAACGCCGAAGCCGUCAGCCGGCGCCGGCGCGCAGCCGCGCCUCGACUAUCGUAGCAUGGUCUCAGUCGACGACAUGCCCGAUCUCUUCGCUUCUUUUGACAAGCUAAUUCCGCGGCCUGCGCGGCCCAGCGACGACCCGCCGCUGUACCUGCGCCUCCGCAUGGGCAAGCCGGCGGGCCGCCCGCUGCCGCGCACCACGCCGCUCAUGUCCUACGGCCGCAAGCGCAUGAAGCCCGAAUACUGGUUCGGCGUGCCCAGAAACAGGGUGGACGACUUGUUCAAGUUCCUGACACACUGGGUGCCGGACCGGUACGGGCCCCUGGGCGACGUGUCCGCGCAGGGCUUCGAGCUUAUCGACUCGGACACCGAGUGGGACGAUGACGACCACAAGCCGCACAAGGGCGAGCGUACCGGCAGCUCGGGCGACGUGUCGGACAUCACUCGCGAGUCCUGGGAGCUGCUGAAGGCGCCGUACGUGAAAAUAUAUUCGAUAAUGAAGAGCCAGGCGGAGGCGCUGGGCGACUCGCUGGGCGAGGAACCGCGGCCCGAGGUGCUGUCGAUGAGCGAUGAGCUCCGCCGCGCGCUGUACUCGACGGGCUCCUCCGUCGACAUGGAGCUCUCGCCGCCCGACCUCAUCGGCAUCUCCGAGAUCUUCACCAUGGAACACAGAGAGAAACUGUGCAGCGUGCUGCCGGCGCGCGCGCAGGGCUACAUGUGGUCGCUGGCCUUCAGCACCAGCCAGCACGGCUUCUCGCUCGCAUCCAUGUACCGCAAGAUGCAGCGCGUCGAGAGUCCCGUGCUGCUUGUCAUACAGGACACACAGAACAAUGUGUUCGGUGCGCUGACAUCGUGCGCGCUGCACCCGUCCGAGCACUUUUACGGCACGGGCGAGUCGCUGCUGUUCUCGUUCCAGCGCGUGGACGAGCGGCGGGCGUCCACGGAGGAGCCGCGCUCGCCGCCCCCGCCCCCGCCGGCGCCCACGGCCCGCACGCCCGCGCCCACCGCCGCCGCCCCCGCCGUCGCCCUCCCGCCCGACCUCGCCGUCGACGCCGAUGAAAAACACGAUCAAACGCCAGCGGUGAAAACCAAAUUCAAGUAUUGGGGUUGGACAGGCGACAACAUGUAUUUUAUUCGUGGUAGCAACGACAACAUCUCCAUUGGCGCUGGAGACGGCAAGUUCGGGCUGUGGCUGGACGGAGACCUGUACCUGGGCCGCACACAGCGCUGCACCACGUACGGCAACGAGCCGCUGACCACGCGCGAGGACUUCAUAGUCAAAAUCAUGGAGUGCUGGACCUUCAUCUGAGCGGCGCGCUGCCGCCGCCGCUGCCUCCUCCGCCGCGCCCGAGCCUCCGUCGCCGCCACGCCGCUCCACUCAUACUUCACCACAUAAGCUUUAGACUAUCUUAUGAAAUUUGCUAUAAAGAUUUGACAUUUUUACAAGUCAGUCUUUUCGACUGUAGUACCGAUGAGUCUGAGAAUGAUUUUGUACUCGCAUCGUGACUCGAUUGGCGUAGAAUGACAUCGAUAGGCCGCAACGAAGACAAUAUAUCGAAACUUCUAAGCGCAUUUCUAGUCAAAUGUACUAAAGUAAACCUGACCAAUGUUUUGAUUCUCUUCGAAUUUAGUGGCGUGUUCAGAUGGAGUGUCGACCCGGAGCCGGGCGCGGGCGACCUCUCGCGAGUAGAGCAAAUGCUUAAUCCUAGUCAAUUGUCACUCGUAUCUAAGUUGACGGUUUGUAGAAGAUGGCAGAGCUGCUAGCGCGAGCAGAGCUCUGGGGUCGAAUAUUUCGCGUGCGGCGCGACCGAGUCCGCCGGACGCACCGCCACCAGUCACCAGCCCAAUACUGAUUACGUGUCAAUUCAUACAAUUACCUACUAUUGUGCAUUGUUAUUAAGAAAAUAUUAAAAACGUAUUUGUUACGAUAAAAUCAAUGUAUAAUGUUAUGUAGCAAGUUUAUAACUAAGGAACAGCCGUUUUAGUGAGGUGUUACGGGAAUUAUGAAAGGGCUUGCUGGUAGCAUACAGUGACGGUACAAUUACAAUUUAGAGUUGCCUGGACUCACGGACGAUUCCGAUAGUUUAUAUUGCUGAGCACAAGCUACUUCAAUUGAUGAGCGUUGCUCUCUGAUACAGGCACUGCCUAUUGCUGCCUGCACUGCCACAAGACAUAUUAUGUGCCUUUGUGGCUACAACUUUGCAGUCCAUUGGGAUAUUCACUCUUGAUUUAUACAACUCGGACCGAUUAAUAUCAUUGGUUCUCGGUGGAUCUGUACUGAAACAAUUUUGUUAUAAAAUAUAAUACAUAAAAGUAUAAUAAUACAUAUAUAUAUAUAUACUUAUUUUAUACAUAAUUGUGAGCACAGAAUGACCACUCCUGUGGUUAGCCCCUUUUCUGAGCAUAUUGCUCUUGAAUAUUUAUUUACUAGAGUUAUUUCUCAAUUAUAUCGCCUUAAAAUUAAAUCAUUUUACGGUUUAGACUCACUUGUUUUAGUCACUCGCGCGACAUGUUUCGGAGAGCCUAGGUCUCCUUUCUCAAGCAGUAAUAGUGCGAGCAGCGUUCACGACGACCGUGUAUUGCGUAAAAUGAUUUAAUGUUAGUAUGUCUCACAACAGUUUAAAUUCGAUUAUAUCGCCUUCUCAGAAUAGAUAAACCUAGAACAACCUACCGUAUAUAACUAAUAUUCUCGUCAUCACUACAUUUCUAAAAAUACCAUCAACUUUCUAAAAUAAGUUAUAAUUACUGCAUCAGUAGCUUUUAGUGAGUUGUCAGUCUGGAAACAGUCCUGUCAAGUGGUCGAUCUCACGGCUUCGUUAAUCAACAGCCGUUUAUUUUAACUGACCCCACAAGUCGGCGUACUGCACAUUCUCAAUUCUUCUAUUCAUAAGUGUAUUCUCUGGGACCAGUCCAGUCGCAAAAUUCAUAUUUUAAAAGACAACCAGUACAGUGUUGCCGUCAAAUUUCAUUGUAAUACAAACCAACGAGUUGGAACGUGACGUUCCCGCACACUCGACCUCCCCGAGAGAGAAGAUUUAUUCCCGGUAGGAGAGUAAUGUUAACUGCCCAACAAACAAUUAGGCGACACUUAGCACCUAUUUUAUAACCUUAAGACGUAGAACGACGGUACAAUAGCUGCAUAGUCUUAGCCUACAGGCUGAGGUGACAUAAUAGUGUUUAAGAGGUUCAUACUAUAGCUUUAAGAGUCACAGUAGCUAUUUUAGCCACUAAUGCAUGCUAAGCAGCUAGUGUUAUAGCUCAAAGUGAAUUCUACAACUUUAACCCUUGAAGUGGCAGGAACCGCCUCGCGGACGAUUAACGUCAUUUAAAUUCGAAAUUUAAUUAAAAUAAAAUCGAAAUUCCUUCAACUCAAAAAUGAGUAAAAUGACGUAUGUCACUUGAAAGGUUACAUCUAUAUGAGUUAUAUGCAGCUGCAAUUUGCACUUAAGGUUCUAAACAAGCGAUAAAGUCUUUUAUAGCUCCUUGUGUCGCAAACGUUACUUAACUCCCUUGUAUCACUAACAGUUGAAUAGAGAAGUUAUUAGUCGCUAUUAUAGAACAUGUAGUCGCAGACGAGCGUUAUCCAGUACCUUAAUACAUCUUAAUACAGUUUAGAGUAGAUAGAUAAAAUUGCAAUACCCUUAGAGGGUGUCAUGUUGUGAUACAUUAUCGAUUAAGAACAUCUGUAAUACCAAUGUGAAAGCAAUAAAUUUAUUAUUAUUAGAGACUAACUUACAAGCUAAGCUAAGCCUAUAACGCCAUGUUAAGAUCACUGAUGAAUCAAUGAGCAAAUCAAAUUAGAAUGUAAAUACUGAAUAAAAAUGCAUAGCUUCACUAAAUAUUGACCUAAUGUUAGUAUUGCUAUACAUAGAAGGGACUUCACGAAUAUUGUUGAAUUUUUCGAAAAUUAAAUACGGUGGACCACAAUUAUAAAACUAUUACAUUUUGAUAAAUAUACCAGGGAUCAGAGCCCCUUCAAAAUGUUGUUAAUAAUACAUAUAGUAAUUAACAGUGUAAUUAAUUUCGCCGUCAUAAAUCUGCAGAUAACCAGCGGCGUAGCGUGAACUAAUCUAGCCGUGUGCGAAAUCGCAUUAGCGAGGCCCAUUUCUGUCACUGAGUGCGAAGGAGCCUAGGCCCCCCUUGGGGCGCAAGGCCGUGGGCGACGACCCACUUCGCCCACGCCUAGCUACGCCACUGCAGAUAACGAUGGUACCAAUGCACUAUAAUAAUAUUUCAUUGUAUUUAUCCGCCAUUAGGGUAAACCCUCCAGUGAAUGAACACCCCCCAGUGAAUGAACAAAAUCACGUUUUUGUCUAAAAUAAGAAAUAAGUAUAGCAAUUUCUACCAUUUCUCGUUUUUUUUUUCUUAUUAACAACUCUAUUUCCUAUGCAAUGGCAACCCGUGAUAAAUUUAUUUUCGACCAGUUUGAAUGUGACUGGCGAUUGAAGUUUACUGGUUUCUGGUUUUGAAAUUUUGUAUGGAAAAAUUAGAUCCCAGAUAAGAACAGUGUACGUUUGGAGCAACAUAUGAAGUGCAUAUUUAAUGUUUACCUGUACAAAGUUUAGGUAUUUGGGUAGAUUAAGAGUUAAACCUUCUAUAAAUGUACACUUUGUCGGCGUAUUAUACGAUUAAGUAAUUUAUUUUUUAUAGUUCUAUUACUGGCUUAUCAAAUGUUCUGAAACCCCGUUCAUUUACUGGUGUCGUCUAAAUUUUUUUUUUAAUUUAUGCGUAAAUGAAAUGGUAUUGAGCUUGUUUUUUGUGAUUCUGCAUAGAAAACGAUUCUAAUUCAUUCAGCCAGUAUUGGAACAAACCAAAUUUCUAUAGUUCAUUUACUAGAUUGUUCAUGCCUAUGUAUGAACAAUACAAAAUUUGGCUUGUUCAUUUAUUAGAUUUCUACUAAUUCUAUGUAUGAAAACUGUAUCCACGAACAAUGCAAUUAAAAGUUUAUUAUUUUAAGCAUUAUUUGCUGAGUUUGACCUUUUUUCAUCAAAGUAUACACGUUGUUUCUUGUUUUAAAGAUUGAUUCCCUUUUUCUUAUUAAUAUGUAACAGGUUUCUGUGUUAUCGGCGAAUAACCGUCAUUUUAUUACAUUCUAAUCUAUUUGAAAUCAAUAUGGAGGGGAUAAAAAAAUAUGAACUAUCUAAUACCUAUUAAAACAUUUCAUUAUAAUAUAUCUAACGUAAUUUGUGUAAAGAAAUAAAAAAAUAAGAUAAUAAUAAUAAUCGAAUAAUAACAUUGUAAAAGUGAUAAAUGAUAAAAAAUUAAAUAACAUUCCAUACAUUUUGGCAAUUGUAAAAGUAAAAUAAAAAAAAAUAAGGUAAUCAUAAAAAAUAGAAUUCAAUGUCACAAUAAAUAAAUUAAAGUAUUUUAAAUUCUUAUUAUAAGUAUUUGCGCUAUUUUACUUCGUCAACUUUUCAUCAUUUAAAAAUUCCUCAAUUGGGUAAUAGCAUUUGUGAAUUAACAUGUCUUUUAAUUUCGUUUUAAAUAAUUUGUCACUUGGUUCAAGUUUGAUAGUGUCCGGAAUUUUAUUGAAAAUUGAAAUACAAUUAUAUUGUGGCCCAUUUUUGAAGAUAGCCAAGAUAGAUUUUGGUAGGAGUAAUUUGUUUUUAUAUUGGCUUCUAGUUUUUGAUGUUUCCGGUUUUAUCGGGAAUAGAUCUGGGUUAAAAGUGUUUUUCAAUGCUGAUUAAAAAGAUUUAAAUAAUGUUCAUUCACUGGGUUUUACUGUGUUCAUUCAUUAGUUUUUUUGUUCAUUCACUAGGUUUUUGGGUACUUUUUGAUAAACUCAUCUAUAACUCAAUAACUAGAAAAGUAAUAAAAAAUCGUAGAAAUUAUAUUCUUCUCCAUAAAUGAGGAUUGAUUAAAUUGCAUUUAAUUAUUACAAUUAUUAAUAAAUACUCAGAAAUAUUUUUUUAAGUUGAAAAAAUGCUUAAGUGUUCAUUCACUGGAGGUUUUACCCUAGAUCCACUUCACGCUGUCGCAAGAUAAGCUUACGAACAAUAAUACAAAAAUUGAAAUAUCUGCAACCAAAGAAGAUAGUGACAAAGGAAAAUAAUGUGCAAGUACCUUCUUGAGUGUUACAAAUAUCGACCAGAAAUUCUAAUAUACCAUAUAAAGCUAAAAGUAUCAUCUAUAUAAACCUAUACUACUACUCAAAUGGUGACUAUUAGUUAAAGGGGGUGCCAAAUAAGUGAUUAUUUGGCACCCCCUUUAACUCUUAAGUACUUAAUCAACGCUAUUAUAGCACAACUAUAGCGCCAUUCUACCUCUAACCCUAUUGUAGCGCCGUUUUGCAACCUAAGGUGAUAAAAAUAUGUGCCCAAUCCGAGGGUACCACGGGGUUAUAGCCUGCUAUAACUCCUAUUUUUAGAACAUCAAUAGAACCUCAGGAGUAAUCAUACGCUUAUAUAGAUUUCUUUUACCCCUUAUAUUUAGCGCCUAAUGUUAGUUGGGUGAUGCUCGUAAGAACGACAGGAAGGAAUCAAAUUAUUUAACUAACUCCGAGGCUGGUAAAAGUUAAGAAUGUGCAGUUCAGUAUACUUCAAGAGUCUUGAACAAUAUAACAUAUCUGAAUGUCUAUUACAUAUGCCUUUAUAAGUAAUAACUGUAGCACCUUUCCCGUUUUUAUUAUUUUAACAAAGAUUUUCGUGUCCUGGUUUUAUGUUUAUUUUUCAUCAUUACGAGUCAUAAUAAUUAUUAUAUUAGUGAGCAUUACUGUUCUUUGAUUUUAUUGCCUACUUUGGCUUGUGGUUUGUGGUCACUGUACUAACGGUGAACAGGUAAUUAAGUUUAUUCUAAAGAACAGUUCACAAGCUUGUUUCAUUCAUUAUAAUAUGUUGACUUAGGCUAGAAGUAAAAUUUGUUAUAUCAGAGUGUAAACAAUUAUUUUUGUUCAUGAACGCUUCAGUACAGAAAUGAGUAGCCGAUAUUUAAUGUUAAAUUAGUAAAAAAUAGUUAUAUUAGAGGGCUUGAUGAAUAUAAUCGUCAUUGUGCUUAGUAAUCGUGUCUCUUAGCAUGAUGUUACUCAGAUUUAUCUGGUCGUAGAGCAUCACUUUUGUGGAGUACGAGUAAGUGCGCUCCGAGCGCCGCCGGCGCCGCGCCGACUCGUCGAGCCACCUCUCACACUAACUUGUACGCUUUUCAUGUAUAUUACAGACUAUUCCUUUUUGAGAUUAUUGGAGUUAUAUUAUGCGAGAAGCCACGCAAAAUAAUAUUAUUGUGAUUACCUAUGUAAUAGUAGUAAAUAUAUUGUGCUGGAAUAUUUUGUAGCAAUGUGCAGGCAUAAUGAAAUACUUUAGUCCUAUCAGAAGCAAUAAUAUCGCAUAAAUGCAAUAUUUAAUAUAUGCAUACCGGUUGCUGCACCCACGGCGCUGGCGCUGCCACCCGCGCUGGCCGCGUGCACGUGCACCGUGCAGUCUUCAUAUACAGAGAGAGCACAUUGUUAAUAUAUACCGGUUGCUGCACCCACGGCGCUGGCGCUGCCACCCGCGCCGGCCGCGUGCACGUGCACCGUGCAGUCUUCAUAUUCAGAGAGAGCACAUCGUUAAUAUAUACCGGUUGCUGCACCCACGGCGCUGGCGCUGCCACCCGCGCCGGCCGCGUGCACGUGCACCGCGCAGUCUUCAUAUACAGAGAGAGCACAUUGUUAAUAUAUACCGGUUGCUGCACCUACGGCGCUGGCGCUUCCACCCGCGCCGGCCGCGUGCACGUGCACCGUGCAGUCUUCAUAUACAGAGAGAGCACAUUGUUAAUAUGUACCGGUUGCUGCACCGACGGCGCUGGCGCUGCCACCCGCGCCGGCCGCGUGCACGUGCACCGUGCAGUCUUCAUAUACAGAGACAGCACAUUGUUUUGAGGGUGUCUGCAUAAGUUAUUAUUGUUACAAAUUUAUAAAUAAUUAGACUUGUUGAGUAGCUGUGACAAAUUUAAAUAUAUUUAUUUAUUCACUGAGUUUCACUAUAAGAUUAUUGUAGUUGCAUAUUUUUUGUGAUGAUUAUGUUAUUUAUAAGUUGUUAAAGCAAAGCCAUAAUAAUUGAGAAUAUAUUAUUUUGAGAAAAA